AUGAGCCGCUGCCAACUGUGCGCUGCUAAGACUCCGCCGCGGUCUCGAGAUCUCGUGCCUCUUGACCCCGCGCUAGGCGGUCUUCUGCCGGAGUCGUUGCAGCCCUACGCCGACGAGAGGUGGCAAACGCUCACCGGCGGACCGUGCGUGCCUACGGGCCUGAUCCACCUCGCAAAGUGCAAGAGGAGGGUGCUUAACGCGCAGGCCAAGGAGGCAGCACCAGAGGCGGAGGGCUUGCGACUGCACCUCUCGCACACCAGUAGCACCGGGUACAGAGGAGUGUGGCGGCUCGCCUCUGGCCGAUUUGUGGCGCACCGGGACCGUGCGCACCGGAGGACGAUGCGCCCGGCGGACGGAAAGAAGGCGUCCAUCGGCUACUUCGACACGGCAGUGGAGGCGGCGGUGGCGUAUGCGCGGGCGGUCGGCGAGGCGGCGGCGGCGGCGGGCGAGGCGUCCGACUCGGACGAGCGCGAGCCAGGCGGCGAAGCUGCGGCUGCCGAGAGCAGCGACGCGGGCGAGCCAGCCGAGCGCCAAGCGGCGGAGGUGGUGGCAGAGGCGGAGGGCUUGCGCUUGCACCUCUCCAGCAACAACAGCACCGGCUACAAGCGCGUGUCCAAGCAGGCCUCGGGCCGCUUCAAGGCGCAGCGCCAGGGGUAUGUCACUAUCGGCACCUUCGACACGGCGGUGGAGGCGGCGGUGGCGUACGCGAAGGCGGCCGGCGAGUACCAGCCUCCUGCUCAACCUCCUCCGAUAGUGGCGACAGAGGCGGAGGGCUUGCGUCUGCACCUCUCGAGCAGAUGCAGCACCGGCUACUUAGGCGUGUUCGAGCACCGCUCCUCUGGCCGCUUCGAGGCGCGGCGCAGUGUGGACGGAAGGCAGGUCACCAUCGGCUACUUCGGCUCGGCGGUGGCGGCGGCGGUGGCGUACGCGCGGGCGGUUGGUGAGGCGGCGGCGGCGACGGCAGGAGAGGCAGGGCCGUCGGCAGCGGCGGCAGGCGAGGCGUCCGACUCGGGCGAGGGCGAGCCAGGCGGCGCUGGCGGCGAGGCUGCAGCCGGCGAGAGCAGCAGCGAAGAGGAGGAGGAGGCUGCCUCGACGCCCCUCCGAGCUCCGAGCUGCAAGACGCUUGGCUGCAACCUCCGCCUCUGGCACGAGGGGCCUUGCAGCACCGCCGUCACAGGCAAGCGGGCGCGAAUUCUCACCGACAAGGCGCGGGAGGCGAAGCGAGGCAAGGGCGGCGGCGGGCGGCGCGGCGGCGGCGGAGGCGGCAGCAGCAGCGUGCUGCUAUCACCCUCGAGCGACGGCGCGCCUUCGCCGCCCGACGCAGAGGCGCUGAGCGAUAGCGACGAGGUGGAGGAGGUGGCGCCGCCGCGCCUGCUGCCCGAGCAUUUGCCGCACCAGCGGGCGCUCUGCCCACUCCAUCCCUUCCAUGCGGCCGAGAGGCCGGUCGCGGCGCCAAUCGAUGGCAACGAGGCGGUUUGCCCCAACUGCUAUUGCUUCGCGUGCGACGCGCCCGUGUCCGCGUGCCGCCACUGGCGGGGCGGCGAGCCUAGGGUGCCGGCGCACUGCAACGCGCACGCCGACAGCGCCGAGUGGCGCACGCAUCGCUCCAACGCCAAGCGGCAGCGCACGCGGGCGGCGCGGGCGGCGACGGACCCGCUCGGGCUGGGCUGA